AUGGCGGGCUACGGAGUUGAAAAAAGAGAAACUGCCAGGCAGUACCGGUUGAACGCCAGGCGGCACGCGCGCAGGUUCCGCGCCGAGCAGCGGCUGCUGCUGGCGGUGGGAGGCAGCUGCCCGCCCCUGCGCUGGGGGUGGCGCCGCGGCGCCGCGCUGGUGCUGCUGGUGGCGUGCGGCGGUCAGCCGCUGGCGUGGCGGCCGCUCGCGACGCCCCCCAGCCAGCGCGCUGCCAGGCCCUGGCAGCGCCCUCUGGGAGCUCAGCCCACGCAGGACCUGCCGCCCACGCCGGACCUGCAGGGCGCAUCCUUGGUCGUCGCCACUUUCCCCUACCAUCCUUUCAGCACCUACGACAACGCAACGGGCCAGCUGGGCGGCGUCGAGAUGCUGAUCUGGCUGGAGGCGGCGCGCAGGCUGCACUGCACGUUUAGCGUGCGGGAGCCCGACGUCGACAACCGCUACGGCAACUUCUCCGGCAACGGCAGCGUCAGCGGCGGCGUCUUCCAGUUCCUCAUGGACGGUACCGCCGACGUGGGCUUCGCCUCUGUCUGGCUCAGCACCAUGACGAUGAAUGUGACGGAUCCAGCGCCGGUGUGGGCGCAGGUGUGUGUCACGUUCCUGGUGCCGCGUCCCCGUCCACUGGUGGGUCAGCUUUCCGCCCUCUGGAGGCCGCUGCAGCCCGCCGUCUGGGCCGCCGUUGCCGUAUGUUUGUUGCUGCAUGCUGCGGUUGCUGCCCUCUUAGAUGGUCCCGUUGUGAGCUGGAGAGGAGACGAGCGACGGCCCAGGCGAGAGAAGUGCAGACGGCUGGUCGACGCCGCAGUGCGGCGCUCACCGGGGGCGCUGGCUGCGGCGCUGCUGGGGUCGGUGGCGGCCCUGCUGGGGCAGCCCACGGCGCACGCUCGGGGCGCGGCGCGGCGCGCGCUGACGGCGGCGUGGCGGCUGCCGGCGUUGCUGCUGUCCACCGCCUUCUGCAGCGCCCUCGUGGGGUCGCUGGCCGCGCCCGCCUACGAGGCGCCCCUCGACUCCGUGGCCGACAUGCUGCGGCACGGCCUCUCCUGGGGCAACGUGUACCGACAGCCGCUAGACGUCUUCCUGGACCUGCAGAAGCCGGCGCACGCGCAGUGGGCCUCUCGCUGGCGCCAGGAGCGGCGCGGCGCGCGCGCCCGCUUGGUGGAGACAGGUCGGUACGCCGUGCCGGCCGGCGCGCUGGGCGCACUCGUCUUCGUGGAGGGCGAGUCCGUGGAGGCAGCCACUGUCGCCGGCCUGCGCCGCAUUCGCGAGUGCACCUGCACCGCAUACGUGGCGCACGUCUUCCCCAGGGACUCGCCGCUGCUCGCGUCCUUCAGCUCGCUGGUGCUGCGCAUGCUGUCCUCCGGGCUGGUGGAGCUGUGGCAGAGCAGAGCGACGGCGCAUGCGCUGAGGGGCCCCGAGACGACGGCGGCGCCGCGGCGUCAGACGCUGCUGGGCCUGCAGAGCGCCUUCCUGCUGGCUGCCGCCGGGCUCAGCGCCGCUGGCGCCGUCUUUGCCGCGGAGCUGCUGCUGGCCGCGUGGCGCCGCCGCAGACGACAAGCUGAGGGCCGCGGCCAAGGACCACCGCGCCGACGCACCACAGCUCCACGUCAAUGA